AUGGCCGGAUCACCCAAUACUACACCCGCUCCAGAGCAUGACGGCCCUCAGCUCAGCCACGAUCACUCUCACGGCCACCAGUACGAUGGUGCAGCACCCCACGGGGGCCAUCACAGCCAUCCGACAGAGCAUAACGGACAUGACCACGCCCACUCCCAAGGACACGGUCACGAUCAUAGCCGGCCUCUGGACCCGCACGGCGAGUGGGACGCCGACAAGUACAUCGGCAUGGCUGGGGCACAGGAUGUAGCGGCUCUGUCUGCUGAUAGUAUCCGCUGGGCUCUGCAGCAGGUCGGUGCUUCGGAGGACACCACAAAGCGUUUCAACUUGCUCGAAGUAGGCUGCGGACCUGGACUCGUCACUGCCAACCUCUUCCCCCACUUUGCUUCCCUCCACGCGGUCGACGUAUCCUCCAACAUGCUCAUCGGCUUCUCCGCCCGCCUCGCCGACACCCGGAUCACCCACUCACUGCACUUCCUCUCUCCCUCUUCUCCGACCGACUUCCUCACUCCGCUCGUCUCGCCUACUCGAAAUGAGCCGGAACGGAAGCUUCAGCCUCCCCGAGCGAAGUUCGACGUGGCGGUCGCCAACUUGGUCUUGCACCACGUAGGGGACUGGAGCGGGCUGAUGGCUGGUGUACAGGGGCUGUUGGCGGGUGGUGCAGCGGACAAGCAGGGAGGCUGGUUUAUCGGCACCGAAUUCGGCAAGGUCGAGGGCGAGAAGGACGUCGUCGAGGGUCUGAUCGAGAAGUCCGGCCGAGCAGCGGAGCAUGGCGCCAAAGAAGGGCCGGCAGCCCACGCUCAUAUCCAUCAUGGAGCUAUGACGCCGAAGGAGAUGAUCAGCAAGCUGAAGUCGUACGGCUUUGAUGAGGCCUACGCGGAGAUCAGGGGCGAGCAGAAGAUGUGGCCCGAAGCGCCAGCUGUGCCGAAUCUUGUCUUUUGGGCGAGGCGGCGGGCGGCCAAGUUGUAA